AUGCCUCAAGAGGCGAUGUGCGUUGUCUCUGCUGUUAUUGCAAGGGCACUAGUAGUGGCGAUCGCUUACGCGAACAAAGAUAAGGAGCAAACCAAGGUGCGCCGCGAUAUUGGGAAGCUGCAGACCCUGCGGGCCCACGAACUAUUACAGGCAGCCAGUGUUACCAUUCCCGAAGAAGGUUGCGGUAUCCCUGAACUACAACAGUUUCAACGACAUUUAAAAGACUAUUGUAUCGUCGUGUACCAGCACGGCACCAAAGGGCGUGACGUUGUAUUCAAGGGUACCACCGAGGGUCCCUCGUUAAAUUUACUUUAUCACGAGGGGCACUAUAAUGUCAUCACUUCGCUGACGGCCGCCUUCUGCUGCCAUUACUAUUGUGAGAGAUGUAACAUACCGUACGACCACAAAAACAAACACAAGUGUGGAGGUACUUGUCCGGCAUGCCAACAGUCGCCCGCAUGCCCCGAAGACAUCGCUGUCACCUUUUCCGAUUGUCAGCGUGGCUUCAGGGGCCAGCAAUGCUACGCCAAUCAUAGGAGCCAGGGAUCGAUGGGAAAGAGCUCGGUUUGCGAGCAGAUUGGUAGAUGCCCCGACUGUUUCAAGGUUGUAAAAAGAGGCAGAACCCAUACCUGUGGGGAAAUAUAUUGCAAGAUCUGCAACACCCACGUCCCCGCAGACCACCUGUGUUACAUCCAGCCCGAUCACGGGAAGCCGAAGACUACCGACCUUCUCUUUGUCUUCUACGACCUGGAGACCCGACAAGAGAAGACGCAAGAAGAUGGCUCUCUUCUUCAUGAACCCAAUCUCUGCGUAGCUGCCAACAGGUGUGACGCAUGUAUUGGCGAGAAAAACUUAUAUUUCUGUCAAAAGUGUGGAUAUCGCCUAGUCGUGUACACGGAAAACGUUAUAGAUAAUUUUCUAAAGUAUGUGCUCGCGGCUAGACAGAAAUUCAAGCAGGUGGUGGUCAUAGCACACAACGGGCAGGCCUUCGACCACCAGUUCUGUCUGAAUUACAUUCUCACCAAAACGGACCUCGCCCCGGAACUCAUCAUGCGGGGUACCAAAAUAAUUUCAAUGGUGGUGGGAAAUAUUAAGUUCCUAGACAGCCUAAAUUAUUUCCCCAUGGCUCUGUCCAAACUGCCCAAAGCUUUCGGCUUGGGCGAUAAUUUCAAAAAGGGGUACUUCCCACACCUUUUCAAUACUUCAGCCAACUCAAAUUACGUAGGACCCCAAUCGGCAGCAGAAUACUAUGAUUCUAAUAACAUGAAGCCGGAAGAUCGUUCCAAGUUCCUCGAGUGGUACGAGGAACACAAGGACGACGAGUUUAACAUGCAGCGCGACCUCGUCGAAUAUUGCACAUCGGACGUGGAGAUCCUGACGGCCGCCUGUCUCAAGUUCCGUCAACAGCUGAUGGAAACGGGAAAUGUCUGCCCGUACACGGAAGCCUGCACCAUAGCCUCUAGCUGCAAUAAGGUGUACCGGCGCAACUUUCUCAAGCCAAACAUCAUCGGCAUCAUCCCCAAAGGCGGCUACAGGUGGCACGAUAGUCAGUCCAAGAUAGCCACACAGUGGCUUGUGUGGGAGGAACACCAGCGACAAAUAAACAUCCAACACGCCGCUAAACAGCAAGAAUCUCGAGUCGCAGGUGUAAAAGUCGAUGGGUAUGCCGCAGAGAGCAGUCAGGUGUUUGAGUUCCACGGCUGCUACUAUCACGGCUGCCCCGCGUGUUACAAGCACAAUCGAGACAUCCCCAUGCCUGAAGAUCCUUCUCAGACAUUAAACACUCGCUACGAAACCACCAUAGCAAAAACAUCAAGACUUCGAGGCCUUGGUUACGAGGUCGUCGAGAUGUGGGAAUGUGAGUUUAGGCGUAACCUUCAGAAGAACGACGAAGUCCGCAACUAUAGCGAAAACCACCCACUCGUAACCCUAACACCUCUAAACCCUAGAGAUGCUUUCUACGGAGGCCGCACAGGGAAUACAGUCGAAUACUACAAGUGCGGCCCAGGGGAGAAAAUCAAAUACGUCGAUGUCUGCUCCCUCUACCCCUGGGUCUGCAAGUACGGCAAGUUCCCCAUAGGACAUCCAAAAGUUUAUGUGGGUGAGGAAUGCCCUACAGAUCUGAGCAUUAUUGACGGGGUAAUUAAAUGUAAAAUCCUCCCGCCCCAGAAUCUCUACCACCCCGUGCUCCCUACCAAGAUGAACAAUAAGCUGCUAUUUGUUCUCUGUCGCACCUGCGGAGAACAAAUGAAUAAAGGCGAGUGCCAGCAUAGCGACAAAGAACGAGCUCUGACAGGGACAUGGAUUGUCGACGAGGUACUUAAAGCCGUUGAAAAAGGUUAUCGUCUGUUGGAGAUCCGCGAGAUAUGGUCUUAUCAAAUAGAUCAAUACGAUAAGGUUGCAAAGACUGGAGGUCUCUUCACCAGUAUGAUGAACAAGUUCGUCAAGGUAAAACAGCAGGCGUCCGGCUGGCCCACCCAUUGUACCACAGACGAGGAGAAGGAGCGUUACAUCGAGCAAUUCCUCGAGAGGGAAGAUGUUAAGCUCGAGUUUGCGGAGAUCUUGGAGAACCCUGGGCUACGGUCUCUCGCAAAACUCAUCUUGAACAGCUUUUGGGGAAAACUGGGGCAGAGGGAGAACCAGCCCAAAACAUCCAUCGUAAGAAACCCCGCAGAAUUCUUCGGUAUGCUCACCAACCCCAGCAUCUACGUUAACUCGGCGCUCCCUAUCAACGAAGACACUCUCAUCGUCAAUUGGGAGCACAAGGAGGAGGCCUACGACCCACUCACCACCGUAAAUGUCGUCAUCGCCGCUUAUGUUACCACUCAAGCCCGUCUUAAGCUGUACAGUUACCUGGAGCAGCUGGGCGACAGGGUCCUGUAUUACGAUACGGACUCUGUCAUUUACAUGGCCAAAGAUGGAGAAUACGACGUACCAACGGGUGACAUGACGGACGAACUGGAAGAAUGCGGACCCGGGAGCUAUAUCACAGAAUUUGUAAGCGGAGGGACCAAGAACUACGCAUACAAGGUUUUCUCCACCAGUGAUAACGAAGAGAAGGUGGUGUGUAAAGUUAAGGGUAUAUCCCUUAACUACACCGCAUCACAGCUGAUAAAUUUCAACGCCAUAAAGACCAUGGUGUUGGACACUUCCACCACCACCAGCCCGGUAUGCGUAGCCUCAAGAAACAUCCUGAGAACAAAGGAGCACGAGGUGAUAACCGUAGAGCAAACCAAGCUGUAUAAACCUCUCUCCGUCAAGAGGCGGUUUUUGGAUGACCACAGCUCUGUGCCCUACGGAUAG